AAUCAUUAAUAGAAGUUGAACAUUAAGUACCGGUUGCAUAACUCUUCCUCCACUUUCUCUUAUUCCUGAAAUUUUCUCUGUUCAAUUGCACAACUUUUUCAUCUGCUCCUACCUAUCCAUCAUCGUUCAUCUAUUUAUUACCAACGCUUGACACACAGAAAUAAAGGUAUCAAGAAGAAACCAUGGCAGGAGGAAGCGGAGGAAGAAACUUGGAGGAAACGCCAACAUGGGCCGUAGCUGCUGUUUGUUUUGUUUUGAUCUUAGUAUCUAUAAUGAUCGAGCACAUCAUCCAUCUCAUUGGAAAGUGGCUGAAGAAGAAGCACAAGAGAGCUUUGUACGAGUCACUUGAGAAGAUCAAGUCAGAGCUUAUGUUGUUGGGGUUCAUAUCGUUGCUUCUAACGGUAGGACAAGCUCCAAUAUCAAGAAUAUGUAUAUCAGAAAAAGUUGCUGGAACAUGGCAUCCUUGCAGCGAUAAAGAGGAAAAUAGUGAAGAAUCAGAAAACCAAACGAGUGGCCGCAGAUUAAUGCAAGCGGCGUUCUCUGGUUCAGACGGAGAAAAUCCACGACGCGUUUUAGCGGGAGGAGGAAGCGACAAGUGUGCCGAGGGUAAAGUCCCAUUUGUGUCAUCUGAUGGCAUUCAUCAACUCCAUAUAUUUAUCUUCGUGCUGGCUGUUUUUCAUGUCCUUUACUGCAUUAUCACUAUGGCUUUGGGCAGAGCAAAGAUGAAAAGGUGGAAACGAUGGGAAGAGGAAACCAAGACACUUGAGUACCAAUUUUCACACGAUCCUGAGCGAUUCAGAUUUGCCAGGGAGACAUCGUUUGGAAGAAGGCACUUGAGCUUCUGGACCAAAAAUCCUGUCCUCAUGUGGAUUGUUUGUUUCUUUAGGCAGUUUGUACGGUCAGUUCCUAAGGUGGAUUACUUGACCUUGAGACAUGGAUUUAUCAUGGCACAUUUGGCUCCACAAAGUCACUCCAAGUUUGAUUUUCGGAAAUAUAUAAAACGAUCAUUGGACGAGGACUUCAAAGUUGUUGUAGGAAUCAGUCCUCCAUUCUGGUUCUUCGCAGUGUUGUUUCUCCUCUUGAACACUCAUGGCUGGUACUCUUAUUUGUGGCUGCCAUUCAUCCCUUUGAUCAUUAUUCUUUUAGUAGGGACCAAGCUACAAGUGAUCAUAACCGAGAUGGGUCUUAGAAUUCAACAAAGAGGAGAGGUUCUUAAGGGUGUGCCAUUGGUCCAGCCAGGCGAUCACCUCUUCUGGUUUAACCGACCUGGCCUCAUUCUCUACCUAAUCAAUUUCGUGCUCUUUCAGAAUGCUUUUCAGCUUGCUUUCUUUGCAUGGUCUGCGCUUCAAUUUGGGAUUAAAUCAUGUUUCCAUUCACAUACGGAGGAUGUGGUGAUCAGAAUCUCAAUGGGGGUCCUCAUUCAAAUCCUCUGCAGCUAUGUUACUCUUCCUCUCUAUGCUUUAGUCACACAGAUGGGUUCAACGAUGAAGGCAACAAUAUUCAACGAAAGAGUAGCGGUGGCUCUGCGGAAUUGGCACCAAACAGCGAAGAAGCACAUAAGACAGAACCGUGUAGGGUCAUUAUCCUUAUCAGGGACACCAGUCUCGAGCAGACCCACAACCCCAAGCCACCACAUGUCCCCAGUUCACCUCUUACGAUUCUACCGUUCCGAAGUAGACAGUUUCCCCGCAUCUCCAAGAAGAUCCAACAUGGACGCUGCCGAUCAGUUUCAACCCUCCGACAUCGAUUCCCCUUCUCCUUCUUAUUCCCACCACCAAAUCGAAAUGGCUAACAUUCCCCGCGAUCAUCCCACCUCCACCCACCAUGAGAUUGUUGUUGCGCACAGCAAAGAAUUUUCAUUUGAUAAAAGACCUACCGAUAACAAGUAAUAUUUCUUUUCUGUAACAUGUUCAAUUUAUUGUUAAUGUGUACAAAUAUGAUGCAUUGUAAAUCUUAAUGAUACCCAGUGUAUGGGACGUUUCUCUAUUUAAUUGAGCUGUGACUCGAGUUCGGUAUUUUCAGUGUUGUCAUCCUCUUCCUCGCGGAGGUUAUUUCUUUUGUACACUGUAACGAACGUUUCAUGAUAAUUACGUGUUUAAGAUAUGAUAUUAUAUUAUUUGAACAAUCUUU